UCAUAACUGUCUUCUCUUGUCAUUUCUACAAGGUUGCUGCUGAGAGCAUCAAAAUUCAUCAAGCCAUUAAUGAUGGUACUGUCAAUUUGGUUGACAAGUUCUUUGAGAUGCAACGCCAUGAUGCUAUGAGAGCUCUGGAUAUAUACAGGAAAGCCGGGCAGCAGGCUGAGAGGUUGUCAGAAUUCUAUGAAGUGUGUAAAAGUGUUGAUGUUGGUCGUGGAGAAAGGUUUAUAAAGAUUGAGCAGCCCCCUGCAUCAUUUCUUCAAGCUAUGGAAGAAUAUGUGAGAGAAGCUCCACGCUUUUCAACAGCUCGGAAGGAGCAGGUUCUUGACAAUAAAACGUCUCCCUCCAAGGAAGUUUUGGCCAUAGAACACAAAAAGACCCCCGAGGUGCAGGAGGCAACUCCGCCAUCGCCUCCUCUACCUGAACCAGUAAAAGAGGAACCACCUGUUGUUAAACAACCUGAUUCGUUG